AUGAAAUGUAUGUUUACAUUUACCUAUGCAAGGUUUGCACUCUAUGGGAUGCUUACACUUUAUGCACAUCUGAUCAAAGCUUUGCUGACAUAUCCCACAUAUGUCACUUUCUAUGUCCCAUCUCCAGUUGUAAACGGGAUAGACCUUCUUGAUUUUUAUUUCCACCAUUCUAUCAGGUAA